CCUCCCUUCACAUUUCAAAAACUCGCGUCCCCUCUCAUUCCCAACCUCAAACAGAUCACGCGCUAGGGUUUCACUCCUUCCUCUACUAUCCGCUCCGAUCUAGGGUUUUCGACGAUUCGCGAAUCCGAGAACGACCUAGGGUUUCUCGGCGAUGGAGAAGUACGAGAAGCUCGAGAAGGUCGGGGAAGGGACGUACGGGAAGGUGUACAAGGCCCAGGACAAGGCGACGGGGCAACUCGUCGCCCUCAAGAAGACGCGCCUCGAGAUGGACGAGGAAGGGAUCCCCCCCACCGCGCUCCGCGAGAUCUCCCUCCUCCAGAUGCUCUCCCAGAGCAUCUACAUCGUCCGAUUGCUUAAUGUGGAGCAUGCGGAGAAGAACGGAAAGCCCCUGCUUUAUCUGGUGUUUGAGUAUCUGGACACUGAUCUCAAGAAGUUCAUUGAUUCGCAUAGGAGGGGCCCCAAUCCGAGGCCUCUUCCGCCGCAAGUGAUUCAGAGUUUCCUGUAUCAGUUGUGUAAAGGAGUUGCCCAUUGCCAUGGACAUGGCGUGCUUCACAGGGAUCUGAAGCCUCAAAAUCUCUUGGUUGACAAAGAGAAGGGUAUCUUGAAGAUUGCAGAUCUGGGUCUCGGAAGAGCCUUCACCAUCCCUCUGAAAAGCUACACUCAUGAGAUUGUUACCCUGUGGUAUAGAGCUCCUGAAGUUUUGCUAGGGACAACACACUACUCUACUGGAGUUGAUAUGUGGUCUGUUGGAUGUAUAUUUGCUGAAAUGGUUAGAAGACAAGCCCUUUUCCCUGGUGAUUCGGAAUUGCAGCAGUUGCUACACAUUUUCAGGAUGCUGGGGACUCCGAAUGAUGAGUUAUGGCCUGGAGUCAGCUCUCUGAGAGAUUGGCAUGAAUAUCCGCAGUGGAAGUCCCAAAAUUUGGCUCGUGCAGUUCCAGCACUGGAACCGGAGGGUGUAGACCUUCUCUCGAAAAUGCUUCAGUUCGACCCGGCAAGCAGAAUAUCAGCAAAAGCAGCGAUGGAACAUCCCUACUUCGAUACCCUCGACAAAUCACAAUUCUAAUAUCUACCUUCUCAAGUCAGAUUUUGAGAGAGAGCAGUGUGUUUGUAUGGUCAGAAUGUGCUUUCAGUUAUCUUUUUGGUAACUUCAUUUGUUGCCUCUAACCAGAAUUCUUGAUUACUGAUGUAUGUUUAUGUUUUUUUGUUCACUACUGUUCCAGAAAGUGCUGCUGAGCAUGCCGCGUGCGGUAUGUGACUUAUAUUUGGCAAUUUCUCAUGCUGUCAUAAUUAGUUUUACAUCAUCAGACACUAUUCACAAAUGUUGUGGCAUUAAUGAUGUUUGGAUUUGAUCA